AUGGCAAAGAGUGCUGUGGCAGACAGUAGUGUGUGUCUUCUGCACUGCUAUGAGUUCACACGAUGGCAGUUCACUGUGACUAUUUAUGUGGUCCUCUUUGUAAGACUGGCUGCUCAGCUGGCUGUACAUGGUUUUAAUAAUUUUUUAAAUUAUUUUUUGGCAGAUACCGAGCGUCUCUAUACAGUAGUGUUUGAAGAGAUAUGUGGCCGUUUUGGAAAGGCCUAUACCUGGGAUGUGAAAUCCUUGGUCAUGGGUAAAAAAGCCCUGGAAGGAGCAGAGAUCAUUCGAGAUGUUCUAGACCUUCCCAUAACCAAAGAAGAGUUAUUACAUGAAAGUAAAAUGAAGCAGGAGAAGUUAUUCCCUACAGCUGAAUUGAUGCCAGGGGUUGAUAAGCUGAUCCGUCAUUUACACAAACACAACAUACCUAUAGCUGUUGCCACCAGCUCAGCUGAAGUGACAUUUCACAUGAAAACAGCCAGACACAAAGACUUCUUUGGUCUUUUUAAUCAUAUUGUGUUGGGAGAUGACCCUGAGGUGAAGCGUGGCAAGCCACAGCCUGAUGCAUUUCUAGUUUGUGCAGCCAGAUUUCACCCUCCUGCCCCUCCAGAGAAGUGUCUUGUGUUUGAAGAUUCACCACUUGGAGUCAAAGGAGCCCUGGCAGCAGAUAUGAUUCCAGAAGAAAAAUUAAAUCCAGAUCUUAAAAAGGAGGCAACACUACUGCUGAACUCCAUGGAGGAUUUCAAACCAGAACUGUUUGGUUUACCACCAUAUGAUUAAUAUUGAUGAACAUGCACUUGACUAGAGAUCAAGAAAGUGGAAUUAAAUUUUGU